UUCUCAUUUCUCAACUUUUGAUUUUCUUCCUUUAUAUAUACUUCUCUCACUCUCACCAUUAUUACAUAUAUAUAUAUAUAUAUAUAUCACGUUAUUAUUACACACAACACAACACACACUCUCUUCUCUUCUCUAAUGGCGGCCAACGAAGAAGGAACAACCGUAGACCCUGAGAAGCAGAAGCUUCUCAUCAGUCAACACAAGGAGAAACACUUCACCGCCGGCGAAAUCGUUCGCGAUAUAAUCAUCGGCGUCUCCGACGGUCUUACUGUUCCAUUCGCCUUGGCUGCUGGUUUAUCCGGCGCCAAUGCCACCUCAUCUAUCGUCCUCACCGCCGGUAUCGCUGAAGUUGCCGCCGGCGCUAUCUCCAUGGGACUCGGCGGAUACCUCGCUGCGAAAAGUGAAGCUGAUCACUAUUUGAGAGAGUUACGAAGAGAACAGGAGGAAAUUAUAGCUGUGCCUGAAACAGAGGCAGCGGAGGUGGCUGAGAUACUCGCAGAAUAUGGGAUUGAGCCACAUGAGUAUAAUCCUGUUGUUAAUGCUCUUAGGAGAAACCCCCAAGCCUGGCUCGAUUUUAUGAUGAAGUUUGAACUGGGACUGGAGAAGCCAGAUCCAAAGAGAGCAUAUCAAAGUGCCAUAACAAUAGCUGUUGCUUACAUCUUGGGAGGGAUGGUGCCACUCAUUCCUUACGUGUUCUUCGAGAAGGCAACCGAAGCUGUUGUUGCCUCUGUUGUCGUAACCUUGGCAGCAUUGAUGAUCUUCGGCUAUGCCAAGGGUUACUUCACCGGUAGCAGACCUCUCGUGAGCGCUUUUCAAACCGCUCUCAUCGGUGCCAUUGCUUCAGCAGCUGCUUAUGGCAUGGCAAAGGCUAUCCAACACUGAAAUUUAUUCAGUAUUAUUCUUGUUUGUUUGCUAGUUCUGCUUUAUUGUACUAAAGAUUUUUGCAUGUUCCUAGUUUGGUUAAAGUUUUUUGUUUCAUUUAUCUUUGGGAUCUCUUUUGUUGUUUUGAGCAAGUAGUUCAUGAUCCUUAGGUAGACCACAAAAGAUUUGAAAGAGAAAUGGAAUGUAUUUUGUGUACUAGCAUGAAUAGUAUAAAUUCAGCACAAAGGUGCUUUCUUAUUGUGCUUAAAA